GUCAAAACCCUCUUUGUUCAGACAGAGCUAAGUAGAGGUACCUGAUCUACUGGACAGAGCAGGAAACCUGGAAGCUUUAGACAGAAAUGUUUUUCCCAUUUUUGCCAUUUUUUAAAGGUCAUUUCUGUGGAUGGUAGAACAAUUGUUCCAGUAAUUCAAGAGUUGAAGAGAAGGUCCAUCCACAAGCAGAAUGCCUGGCGACUUCUUUCCAAAGCUGCUGCUCCUGUCUCUGUUUGUGAUGACCCACGGCUGUCUUCAGGACCCUGCUUCGGCCUACAAAUUCACUGGAAUUGUAUGCAGACUUACCUACCCUGCUGCUGCUGUGUUGAAUGAGAAAACCACAAAGGUUAUUGAAGCAGCAUUCCAACAUGCCCGUUAUCCAAGUAUGCAAGGAGAGAAAUCUGCUGGUUUUUUUGGCAAAGUGUCAUAUGGCCUAGACAAUUUGGAGAUUUACAACCUGUCGAUUGGCCGGAGUGAGUUUGAGCUGCGUCCGGGAAAAGGCAUUGGUCUGGAGAUAAACAAUGUCUCUGCCGUGUUCAGUGGGACCGUCCAGUACGGAUACGGCAACUGGCUAGUUAAUCUUGCACAGAGACUUGAUUUUGAGAUUGAAACUCAGAUCGAUCUUGGAAUCAAUCCGAAACUUUACUGCGGUAAAUCAAAGGUAGCAGCAGACACAUCUGAUUGUUACCUAAAUUUUCAAAGGUUUCGCCUGUACCUGCAGGGAGACAAGGAGCCCAACUGGCUGAAGAAGCUUUUCACUGACUUCAUCACCUUCACAGUCAAACUGGUCGUCAAGGGACAGAUCUGUAAAGAGAUCAACAAGCUGGCGGACAUCCUGGCUGAAUUUAUACAAGACACAGCAGCGGACUUCCUCAGCGAUGGCGGCAUUAACGUGGACAUUGGUGUAACUACAACUCCUGUCAUCCUUGCUAACUACAUAGAGUCAUACCACAAGGGUCUGACAAGCUACCUAAACACAACAUCUGUGAUCAACAACUCAGUUUUUCACCCAAAUCAACUGACUGAAAACAGGAUGCUUUACUUCUGGUUCUCAGAUGAAGUUUUUAAACCACUGAUUGCUGCUGCUCAUCAAGAUGGACGCUUCCAACUCAACAUUUCAUCAGAAGAGGUCAAAGCACUUUUUAAAACAAGUCUCUCCAGCACCCAGCCUGAAUAUAUUGAAAAGUGUCUAUUGGAAUCAGCCUCUCCCGAACUGAGAGUGUGGAGUUCAUCUGUUCCCACUCUGACCACCACCACCAUGGGAACAUCGGUCUGGGCUCAGGCUACUGGAGAGCUCUACUGUGGGAGUCAAAACAAACCAACGCUCUUCUUUCAGACGAACGUUACAAUAGAUGUCACAGCUUCCUAUGCAGACAAGAAGCUUUUCCUCCAUGGUAAACCGCAAGAGAUCUUUGUAGUCCGAGCUGAGCUGCCUCCACAGAAUCAACGGAUAUACGAUGAGGCACAAAUUGAGUUUAUAAGAGAAGCUGUGGAUAAAAUAGGCAUUCCUAAAGUCCUGUCUGUUUUGCAGGUGGAGAUAACCAGGCUGAUGGACAAACAGGGGGCAAACUUGUUUGACAUCAUUAACCCUGAGGUGCUUCAUCAGGAAGGAUAUGUUGUGACUCAUAUGGAUUUCGGCUUCCCUCACCAUCUCCUUGUGGACUUCCUCAAGAGAACACUGCAGUAACAAGGGGGUUUUUAACCAUCUGGGACUAGUGCCGUUUUAUAUCUUUUCAGCUUCACUGUUUACCUUAAAUUUAGGAAGCAAAUAAGUUAGAAAGAUAUUUUACGUUGUUGAUGGUACUGACCUAAUCUGGAAAACCUUUUCCACAUACAAAAGAACCCACUAAACAUUUAUUCAGGAUUGAUUUAUGUUUGUGUUCACUUGUAGUUUUCUAUAUGUUAUUAAAAUUAUAGACUCAGAUAA